AUGGAGAAUCCAUACAAAGAGCUCAGACUUGCUAUUGAGAUUGGAGAUAUUUCGAAAGUCACUGAAUUACUAGAUGAUAGCACUUUAAUGACCGUUGAACACUUCAUUAUUGCAACAGAAAUCAAGCGUUACGAUGUACUGGAAUUGUUUUUGUCUCAUGGCUGGGACAUCAACACCGACGUCAAUGAUACCGUCCCAUCAACGCUAGUGUAUACCUUCGAAGAUUCGAAUCUUCUCGAUUGGUUUCUUAACCAUGGCGCGGACCCGAAUAAAAGGUGUCGUAAUCGAGACUGUACGCCGCUCUCCUACGCCGUUCGAGACGCGCCGUUUGAUGUUAUCAAGAUUCUUUUUGAAAAGGGGGGCCAACUUCAGCACGGGCAGCUCUUACACUACGCGGCGAUGCGAACAAGAGAUGACGGUCGCGAGGUGCUACAAUUUAUCUAUGAUAAAGACCCAGAAUUUAACAAGUUACGCAUCAACAACUUACUUGACGAGAGAUCCCCAGAAUAUCUCAUGAACGAAAGAAAUGGACUAUGCACUCCAUUGCAGUACGCCGCUAUCUCCGGCUCGGUGGAUAUGGUGAAUUUUCUGAGGGGUAAAGGCGCAGCUUGUGAUAUUCUGGAUCCUUACCGCCGCACUGCACUCGGUUAUGCUGUUUAUAACGGGCAUUAUGAGGUUGAACGAAUUUUGAAGGGCAGAGCGGACUUGGAUAGAGGGCUAGAACAGCAUAUCUGA